AUGAGUGCUACGCGUGACUUCGACUCUGCGCCUGUUCUUUCCUACCUCGCUCUACCUGACGACUAUCAACCUUCACCCCAAACCGCCCCAGUCGAGUUCCUUCGCAAGCAUAUCCGAGAGCUUCCUCCCCAUCUGCUCGCACUCUUCUCUGCCAACACUACACCGAGGGAGAGGACGGUGGUCCCGGAAAUACGCAGCAGGAGGCUCAAGUACGUAGAGUCGAAACCACCCGAAUUCUCGCUCGCGGAGGCGAAGUCUACUUGGCCCGCUCUGUGGGAGGGGAGGGAGCGGCCUGGCACGGAACAAGCGAAGGCGGAGAAAGAAUGGGCAGACAAGGAAUUCAUGGGCGGGACUGUUCAGCAGCAAGUUGGGAAGCUCGGUGAACUGCUCAGAGAUUACGAGGAGGAACGCGAGUCUGAACGGGUGAGGACGAUCCGACGGCAGCGUGCCGAAUACAUUGAAUCGCUACCGGAAGAGGACGAGGAGAGCGAUGAAGACGAGGACGAUCAAGCGCCAUUACCAGAGCCGUCUCCCAUUGAGAACGAGGCUUGGUUUCAGAGAAACAUACAGGAACGCUUCAUUUACGGAUUUCUAGAGUCAAUUGAUUACGACAAAGUGGAUUGGAAUGAGCAAUGGGAUGAAGAUCUGGACAGGGAGGCGGAAGAGCGAUGGUUUGAUGACGAAGAGGAGGACUGAACACUGUUCCUAGGAAACGACCGAGAUCGGUCAGGUUGCGCGGCUCGCCUCUACGUAUGUUGGUCAUGCGAGCAGACCAUCAACAAGCAAGGCUUCUGGAGCGUGCUAUUGAUAACAUUCGUCGACCACUCACCUGAAUGAGCUUCUGCAUCUUCCGCAUGGCAUCCCGCAUUCCCAUGCCUUAGGCCUGGGGCGUGUCGGAAUGCGGUCAGGUGACGUGUCAGAUUAGAUUAGAUUACCUUACCUUCCUGUUAUAGUAGACAAGCACUGCCAC